UGAAAGUGAAAGAAUACUUUCUCUUACUCUGAGACCAGACCAUAGACUGUUCAAGAAGGAUCAGACCAGACUGACACCUUGUUCUUAUUACAGCUAAUAGACUGCACAUCUGAAGAAAAUAGGAGACAAAAUGGAUGUUGAGACAAGUACAAUGUCAAAUAUGAGAGACUUGACUUCUGCAAUCAGUACUGUUGACCUGGAGAUCGAAUGGUUCAAGAAGACAGACUGUGUGUAUUCCCACAAGAUACAAAACAGCUUACCUCUGAAGAAUGAAUCUGGUGUUGGUGUUUACCUGUGCCAGGUUACUUGUGAAGACAGAAUCAAGAACAUUAACAUAUCUUUAAAGGAGGCCCCUGGAACUGAACAAACAUCCACAUGUAAACUGAACGACAAACAAUGGACAGAUAAUGAGAGAAUAAACAAGACAUGUUCUGCUUUAUUGGCAGUUUUCUCUACUCUGCAGAAAGUGCUGCAGAUAGACGGACAAGGUGAUGAAGCAGCAAAACAUCUGGACAAGCAACAGCAAGGAUGUCCAGAAUAUAAAGACUAUGAUAGAAAGGACAAUAAUGCUUCAGUGCAGCAGACAAGAAAAAAGGUUAAGCAAAAAGAGAUUAAGCCUGAAGAAAAGGACCCACGACAGGAGAAUAAACGACAGGAGAGCACAAAACAGAGUGAGAGCACAGCAAUGGAAACCAGUCCAUUUCAACCAUUUGAUAAAGGAAAUCUGUUUAAUAAAGAAUUGGAUUGUGCAGAAAAAAGUAAAGGGACGAAGACAGACAGACAAGGUGAUGAUGACCAGAAUGAAGCAGGAGAAAAUCUGGACAAUCAACAGCCAGGAUCUCCUGAAAAAAGUAAAGGGCAGCAGAUAGACAGACAAGGUGAUGAUGACCAGAAUGAAGCAGGAGAAAAUCUGGACAAUCAACAGCCAGGAUCUCCUGAAAAUAAAGACUAUGAUAAAAAGGAUAAUAAUGCUUCAGUGCAGCAGACAAGAAAAAAAGUUGAGCACAAAGAGACCAACCCUGAAGAAAAGGACACAAGACAGGAGUAUACAAGCACAGAAGAGAGUUGGACCAUAAUUCCGAUGGAUACCAGUCCAUCUCAACCAGUUAAUGAAGACAGCCUGGGCAAUCAUCAAUUGGAUUGUGCAGAUCAAGGACAAAGCCAAUUACCAGACGAAUUACACAAGGGUGAAGAGGAAUCUCAGGAAUUACAAGCAAAGAAGCCAAAAAAUGAAAGAAAGGGGGGCACCAUGUUCUCUAUUGUAGCUGGAAAGAUAAAUUACAUUCACAAGAAGUUCAUUGUCCAUCUGCAAGACCGAAUUCAGGAUCUGACAGAAGCUCAAAGAGUGGAAGACAGUGACGUUGUUUUGAUUUUUUGUCCUAUUGUUUCUCGAGCUGGAACUGACAUUGAUGCUGCCCUGGCAAAAAUUGAUUACACUCCAGACUCUAUGCUGACUGUUCUAGUGGUGCUUCAUCACACGUUUGACCCAGAGAAAACUAUAUCAGACAGCAGCAAAUAUGUCAACAGGGAGAAUCUGCUCACAGUAGACUGUCUGUUCUAUGAGGAUACAGGAUUACUGGACUGUCAGAGGAAUUCAGAUGCAUAUGAUAAAUCUGCCAGCUGGUUAAUAGCGCAGGGACACAAAAUAGGUGUCAGCAUUUCUCCACGUCAAUAUGAACAGCAGAUGACAUCUACUUUCUCCAGUGAAGUAAAGUUUUUUAUGAAUGUGACUGGAGACACGCAAGAGCAUCACAAAGACUUUAUAAAAGCUCUGCAGGAACAGAUGAGUCUGAGGAGGGUUUUUACAGUUGAGAACAGUGAUGUGAUUCUGCUCUUCUGUUCUGAUAUCAUUGGUCAUAAAAAAACAGGAAAGCCUGUUGUUCUGAUUUUACUCGAUUGCACAUUGGGUCCAGAAUCUGAUUUUAGUAAAAGGUUUUUUCCAGUGCAAUGUUUUGUCCCUGAGGGUAAAGGACUGUUUGGCUACCAAAUGAAUGAAAAGAACAUUUCUGACGUUUCAACAUUUCUGAAAGCUCUGGAUUGUUCAGAACAUGAGUAGAUUGAUGCUGAGAAACAAUACACUCCUGCUCUGUCCACCAUUAAGAAAGAUCCGGUGAUUAUGACAGCAACAUACAUACGGAUGAUUACCUUUAGCUCUUGUGGGUCUGUUAAUUUCCAUAUAUAUCCUUAUAUAUUAUAUAUGCUAUAGAUGUUUCAGCAGAUUUUUGUAAAAACCAAACCAUACGUCUGGUUAUUGUCAAUUUCAGUUCAUUUCAGCCACAUCUCCUGUGAACUAAAACAGUAAUAGUUUAUAAAAUCUCAGAGUCUCAGAGGUCUUUGUUUUGCUGACUUUUGGCUUGUGCGCAUAUGUCCUUACUCACUACUAAUGAAUGUAAAUACAUUAGUUAAAAAUUAAUGGCUUGACAAUGAGUGUACAAAAGCAGUAAAACUGAUCUUGCUGCAUGGCAAACAUCAAACUAUCAAAUAAUGUUCAGUUCAAUGCCUUAUGUUCUUACAGAGACAAAUACAACUUCUGCUCUCUUUGUGUGUUAAAUGAGAUUUUCAGUUGUUUCUGUGAGGCUGUCCAUUGUCAUUUAUAAUCUGUGUUAAAUGCAAUUUGAAUGCAAUUUUAUGAUUGUGUCUCUCAAUCACUGUGUCUUUCCUCUAAAACAUG